AUGGCACCUUAUGAAGCUUUAUAUGGGAGAAAAUGUUGGAGCCCUCUGUGCUGGAGUGACAUAAGCGAGUCAUUGACCUUGGGGUCGGAAAUGAUUGAAGACGCUAUGAAACAAGUGCGACUCAUUCAAGAAAACUUGAAAGCAGCUCAAAACCGACAUAAAUCAUAUGCAUACCAGAGUAGAAAGGUGUUAGAAUUUGAAGUUCGAGUAAAGGUGUUACUCAAAGUCUUACCAACAAAGGGGGUCAUGCGAUUUGGGAGGAAAGGAAAGUUAAGUCCGAGGUAUAUUGGCCCGUAUGAGGUAAUAGAACGAGUUGGAGAGGUGGCCUAUCGAUUAGCGUUACCUAUGGAGUUAUCAAAUGUCCAUAACGUUUUUCAUGUAUCCCAAAUCCGAAAAUAUGUCCAUCACCCUACCCAUGUUAUUCAACCUGAAUCAAUAGAGUUAGAUGAGAGCUUAACUUUUGAAGAGCGUCCUAUUAAAAUCCUUGAUACCAAGACAAGAGGUACUCGUAACAAAGUGGUCAAGCUAGUUAAGGUCCUAUGGUCAAAUCAAGUUUCCGAGGAGGCAACUUGGGAAGCCGAGGAUGACAUGAGAAAGCGUUACCCUGAACUAUUUCAUGAGGUUGGUAAGACGGGUUGGUUUGAGUGA